AUGCCUCGCCCAGGUCCUUCUCGCUCUCAGCGCGCCACUCAGCCAUCUCAGUCCCAGGCUGGACCGAGUCAGACACAAAGAAAAGGACGUGCACGACAAGAAGAAGACGAGUCAGACGAGGGAGAUGCAGCAGAGAAUGGCAUGGAUGAGGACGAGGACGAGGAUGGGACUGGCCAUGGAGAAGGGGACCUGUUGAAGAAAGCCCAACAACUGGUCAGGCUGGCUCUGUUCAACGAGCAGAAACGAACGCCUCUACGCAGAGAUGAAAUAUCGAAGAAGAUCCUUGGUACGAAGCGUAAUGCCUACAAUACUGUCUUCAGUCAAGCACAGACGAUUCUUCGCAAUACUUUCGGCAUGGAGCUUGUCGAACUUCAAACCCGCGCUGCUAACCAAGAGGCAGCACAAGGUGGAGAUCCCGACAAGAAGAAGAAGCCCAACGGCAGUCAGGCAAACGGUGCAGCAGAUGACGACGAACCCACUGGUAGGCAAACCGUGACAGGGUUGAAGAAGAAAGCGACAACGCAAGGUUCCAAAACCUAUAUUCUGCGCUCUACUCUCGACCUGGCACUUAUUGAGAUCGCGACCACAAAGAGUGAUCCACAAGUGAUGGAGGAAGAAGCGGCAGACGCGCGCGAAGAUGAAGAUUAUGGAUCUAUCAUCAACUGGUCUCGCACUGACCAGCUUCCCCUCCUUGGUGUCCUCUAUGUCAUCCUCGCACUCAUUCUUUUAAACGGGAAGGUCAUGAGUGACAUGGACUUGCGUUCCCUUCUCAAGCGUCUUCGCUUAUCCAUUGGGACUCCAAUAACACUCAACGAUCAGUCCACCCGCAAGAAUAUCACAAUAGAAGACUAUCUUUCUUCCCUUCAGCGCCAAGGUUUCCUCGACCGUACCCAAAUCGGUGGUGCCGCCACAGCAGGCAAUAAACGUGGCCGCGGAGGGCAAUCCCAAUCCCAAGCUCGUAAUGGCGAAGGCGACGGCGAUGCCGCGUUUGAAUGGCGAUGGGGCCCUAGGGCCACGGCAGAGGUUGGAGAAAUGGGGAUCGGCAAAUUCGUGGCCGAUUUCUUGGAGGAGAGAAUGAGGGAGGCGGAUCCCGAGGAUGACGAUGACGAUAUGGAUGAGCGCGCGGCGCGAAAAGCAAGGCAGAACCGCGAGGAGCAGUCGGCGAAGAGAAUGGAGGCGCUUGUUAGAGGUAUAGAGAGGGCUGCUGGAGGCUCAUUGGCUGAUGUCAUUUAGAGCUUCCUCCGGCGUGGCUUCGCCCUGCUGUAGGCUUUCGAGUGCAUAUUCACCAUUCACUACUCGUUGUGCCGUAUCUUCUUGCUUAUCUCUGUAUUCUUUAUUCCUUCCUCUUCGUUCCCAUGUUAUGCUUCACUUUGGUACUUCACCGUCUUUCCUUGCUACAUAACUUACUAUCCGAAUACUUGGCCUACCGUCCCAACGCCGUGUCUGGGCCUGUUCGAC